GUCAACCGAAGAGCCCCGAGGUUCCGAACUACUUACCUCUAGUUCUCGCCACUUCUGACCUGACUACUCUGCUGCAUCACCAUCAUCACAACCAUGAGCCAUCACUUUGAGACUCUCCAGGUCCACGCGGGGCACGUUGAACAUGUCUCCAGGCUCCCGACCCGGCAACUAAAUCCCGUGCUGUACCAAUCUACGCCACUUCUCGCUCACGGGGCGCGACUGUUCGGGCUCAAGGAGUUUGGAAACAUCUACUCCAGAAUCAUGAACCCUACCGUUGAUGUCUUUGAGAAGCGCAUAGUUGCCCUUGAGGGAGGGCUGGCAGCAAUCGCUACUGCAAGCGGUCAAGCAGCUCAGUUCAUGGCGAUUUCUGGGGUCGCCUGCGCCGGUGAUAACAUUGUUUCGACCUCCAACCUGUACGGUGGUACCUACAACCAGCUUAAAGUCAUGCUCCCCCGCUACGGCAUCCAGACCAAGUUUGUCACUGGUGACAAGCCCGAGGACCUUGCCGCAGCCAUUGAUGAGAAGACUAAAGCUGUCUAUCUCGAGAGCAUUGGCAAUCCCCGCUAUAACAUCCCCGACUUCGAGGCCAUCACCAAGCUUGCCCACGAGAAGGGCGUCCCUGUUAUCGUCGACAACACUUUCGGUGCUGGCGGCUACUUUGUCCAACCGUUACAAUUCGGUGCUGAUAUCGUCGUGCACUCAGCGACCAAGUGGAUCGGAGGACACGGAACAACGGUCGCGGGCGUAAUAGUGGAUAGCGGUAGGUUCGACUGGGGCAAGCACGCCGACCGGUUCCCCCAGAUGGUUGAGCCGUCCGAGGGUUACCACGGGCUCAAGUUCUGGGAGACCUUUGGUCCCAUGGCCUACAUCACCCGCGUGCGUGUCGAAAUUUUGCGGGAUCUAGGCGCGUGUCUCAACCCGUUUGCCGCUCAGCAGCUCCUCCUCGGUCUCGAGACGCUGUCGCUCCGCUGCGAACGGCACGCCCAGAACGCACUCGCGCUGGCCCGCUAUCUCGAGAAGAGCCCGUACGUGAGCUGGGUGUCGUACCCGGGGCUCGAGAGCCACGGGUCGCACGAGAACGCCAAAAAGUACCUCAAGCGCGGUUUCGGCGGCGUGCUUAGUUUCGGCGUCAAAGGCGGCGCUUCGGCUGGCAGCCAGGUUGUCGAUGGCUUCAAGCUCAUCUCUAAUCUAGCCAAUGUCGGUGAUUGUAAAACACUGGCUAUCCACCCUUGGUCCACCACGCACGAGCAGCUGACGGACGAGGAGAAGAUCAGCUCGGGUGUCACGGAGGAUCUGAUUCGCAUCUCGGUUGGCAUUGAGCAUAUUGAUGAUAUAAUUGCGGACUUUGAUCAGUCCUUUGCAAAUGCGGCGGCGACUUCGGCCAAGGAGGAGGGUGAGAAGGGCUUGGUGGUUGGUCAGGGCAAGGUUGAGGAGGCUGCACCUACUGUUAUCUAAGUGAUACCCCUUUGAGAUUUGGGAAAGCGUUGUUCUUUUGAAUUGAUAGCGACAGAAUAACUUAUUCCCCCUUUG